AUGGCCUUUGGCGAAACAAACUUGACAACCUUUCCUCCUUCCGGCGGGAUGAAACAGGGUAUGCACAUCAAAGAUUCUCAACCGUAUACCGACGACACUAAUUUGAGUCAUUCAUCAAGAGAUCCAUUCAUCAGCCUUCGGAGGAAUUCAGUUGCAGGAGACUUACAAGGGGAAACGGCAAUUCCUGUUGCAUGGAUCUCUCCAUGUGACCGCUAUCGGUGGAGGGAUGGAUCUGCUGAUCGAAGGAGUCUCGAGGAUCAACGUCCUCCACCACGUUGGUUUGGCAAGAAACUUCUAAGAAUUUUUGAAAGUUUCUUCUCUAACCACAAAGAGGAAUACGAACUCUUCUAUUCCGUUCCCCGUGGAUGUAUGCACUCUUUAGGUGACCACGCAGCUCGCGUACCCCUCAUGGGUGAUCCAGAGCGUUUGACGGCUGUUAUGGUUAGCCUAAGCCCCGAGAUAGAGGUUACGUACCUCCCCUCUCCUGCUCUCCCGCCACCGUUGUCGGCCUCUCUCGACCUCAAGUCCGGCUACGCUGUAGUUCUGGAGGAGCGUCUGAUCAUGUGUCACGCUGAGGAACUGCCCACGGUGCCUAUUAAGGACAUUGACCCGGUAGUCAACUAUGCAGCAACUUUCUAUUUUCAGAGGCACUAA